ACAGACAACAACGAGAAGGACUACAACCAUGCCACGGACAAGGAGUACGCAAAGUACAGGGAGUACGCGCAGCAGGCGUACUCGAAGCGGGCGGAGUUGGCACACCGGUCGCAGGAGGCAUACAAGGCGGGCGACAAAAAGCAGGCAGGCGAGUUGUCUGCCGAGGCGAAGCAGCAGCUCGCCAUAGCGGAGCAGAACAACGCCAAGGCCGCCGAGUACGUGUUCAUCGAAAACAACCGGGACUCGGACGACAACGACAUUGAUUUGCACGGCUUGUACGUCAAGGAGGCGGAGUACAUCUUGAAGCAGCGCAUCAUCAGCGGCAUCCGCAAAAACCAGCCGACGUUGGACUGCAUCGUCGGCAAGGGUCUCCACUCGAGGAAUGGGGUUGCCAAGUUGAAGCCUGCGGUGGAGCAGCUCUGCCAGGACGCCAACCUCAAGACGUGGAUCGACAAGAAGAACUCGGGGGUGCUCCACAUCGACAUACGUAACGCCCGCAUCCCGCAGGACUGGUACAACGUCAAC